AUGAGUGAUUUGUCAAAGGAUUUUGCAAUGAGCAUAUUUCUGCGACAAAGAUGGAGAGAUAAGCGUCUGAAGUACGACCGGAUAGAAGGUGUCCCUGCUUUACAGCUAAAUACAAAGUCUAUAAACGGAGUAUGGGUGCCGGACUUAUUCAUUUUAAAUGAGAAACGAGCAACUAUUCACAAUGUUGUUGUGCCAAAUAAAUUAUUACACAUACAACCCGAUGGGUCCAUCCUCUACAGCCUUAGGAUAUCUGGUACUUUUUCAUGUGACGUUAAUCUACUGAAAUAUCCGUUGGAUAAUCAAAUUUGUCCGUUGAUAAUAGAAAGCUAUGGUUACACAUCCGAAACACUGGAACUACAAUGGUAUAAUGAACCAGUAGAAAAGAAAGAAGAUAUAAUUUUAUCACAAUUCAGCCUGGAUUGUAUAGAAACCUUCAAAUGUGACAAACAGUAUGCUGGAAUGAAUUUCUCUUGUGUACAAAUGAACAUUAAACUGGACCGUUUAUACGACUACUAUCUACUGCAGAUAUACGUACCAAGCAUUCUUAUUGUAAUACUAUCAUGGGUAUCAUUCUGGAUAAGUGUAGAUGCCACGCCUGCUAGAAUAUCACUCGGAUUACUCACGGUUCUAGCUAUGACAACACAAAGUUCCGGAUUACCGAAAGUUUCGUAUUUCAAAGCAAUUGACGUGUGGAUGGUGUCAUGUCUGUGCUUUGUGUUUGCAGCAUUGAUAGAAUUUGCAUAUGUGAAUGUUUUAUCACGAGUGGAACAAAGGAGACUAUCUCAUGUAGUAGAUAUAACAAAUAACAAAACUGAAGAUAUAAGACGAAGUCUUCCAGAAAAGAUGGGAAAUCAGACUUCAUCGAGGAUCAACUUAUUUUUCCGAAACAUGGCCAGCAGAGAAAAAGCUAGGAACGUUGACAAAAUAUCACGAGUUAUCUUUCCUAUGCUAUUUUUGUUAUUUAAUGUAAUCUACUGGACUGUAUAUAUAUUUGACUGAAAUCAUAUUCACAUCAUCAUGCAUGUAACCAUUGAACCUUUAAAUGCAUUUAAUUAUCAUGCAAUUAUAUCGUGUUCUUAUAUCUUUAUUUUUUUAG